AUGGGACGCUCACGAAUGUGUUCCACUUCGACUCCAAGGCGGCAAUCUCGGAUCAUGCACGAGCCAUCGGUGUCCCCUUUGUUGAUAUCCACGCUGCUGGAUACAUGA